AUGAAGGCAUAUGCUGCAGCCGGUGUACAUGCUUUUACCAGGAUAAGAGGCCGGCUCUGGAGCCUACCGACGGCCCUAGUCCUUCUCUGGGCACUUGUUCUGAUCUGGGGAGAACGUGUUGUAUUCGAGCGCCGUGUCAAUCAGUGUCGAUGGCAGCAAUGGGAGACUUGGCCCACACAAGCCCAACCUCACCAUCUUCUCCUGGUCGCCGAUCCUCAACUAGUCGAUCCCCAUACAUAUCCCGAUCGUCCCUGGCCACUAUCCACCUUAACGGUUCUAUACACCGAUCUAUACCUUGGACGAGCUUACCGAAACCUCCAGCAGUCACUACAGCCAGAUGCCACUAUCUUUCUAGGUGAUCUUUUCGAUGGGGGGCGGGAAUGGGGCACCCCGCAGUCCUCAUCGCCAGAGGAGCGUUAUAAAAAGUACGGAUCGAUAUUCUGGCUCAAAGAAUACGUUCGCUUUUCCAAUCUCUUUCUACGCUCCUGGAACGACGGUGGCUCAACCGCUAGUAGGGCUGAACCUGCAGGGCGCCGAAUACUGGCCUCAAUUCCAGGGAAUCAUGACCUGGGUUUUGCCGCAGGCAUACAACCCGCCGUCAAGAGUCGGUUUGAUGCAUACUUCGGGCCCUUAAACCGUAUAGACGUGAUUGGGAACCACUCCUUUGUCUCGCUGGACAGUGUCUCCUUGAGCGCCAUGGAUCAGGUCGACCCUGAGACCGGAAGCUCAGGCGCAGGUGACGGCAGCGCCACGGCAACGGCAACCAGCAAAAUCUGGAAACCGGUCGAGGACUUUUUGAUUGAUGCCAAAAAUAUACGAGCGCGGGCAAUCGAGCACACGUGCCGGACACAAUUUAAUUGGAAUAGUCUGGAGGGGGAUUCCUUGCUCUCACCCGUGUUGCAAGAUGCGCAGCCUGCCCGACCACCGCCUCCUGCUGCUGUAAAACGACAAUCCCCAGCCCAACCACACCACGAAAUCUCCUCAGCGAGCUUUCCCACAAUCAUCCUUUCCCACGUCCCCUUGUUUCGCUCAGGGAGCACAUCCUGUGGACCCAUGCGAGAGCGCGGCACCUCGAUCCCUCUGCAAGCAGGUUACCAAUAUCAAAACGUGCUCACCCCGUUGAUCUCGCAAGACAUCGUGAAACACCUGCGCCAAGAAGAGGUCACGCAGAUUUACUCCGGCGACGACCACGACUACUGCGAGAUCGACCACAACGAAUUCACGGGUCGCCCCAAGGAAAUCACCGUGAAGAGCAUGAGCUGGGCCAUGGGCAUCCGCGUCCCGGGCGUCCAGCUGGUCAGCCUCUGGAACCCGGUCGACUGCGAGAAAGUCAUGUCGCGCAGCACGCCGGCUUCAGAGGCACCCACCCCGAGAGGCACGAUCCAGAAUCACCUCUGCCUCCUCCCGGACCAACUGAGCAUCUUCAUCCGGUACGGCCAGACGUUCGGACUGACGCUCGUCGUCCUGAUAGUCUUGGCCGUCCGAUACGAUCCAGCAUCUACCGCUGCGGCAGCAGCAACAUGUCCACGGCACGAGAAGUCCGAACCUCUCCUUCCCCUCUCCCACCAACAUAACCACCGACAACACUCGUCCUCGACCUCGAUCCACAACCAGAACACGACGCACCUCUCGACCCGCAAGCUCGGCGGCUAUGGCCAGAUCCCCGUGUCGUCACGGACCUCCUCUCCUUCGAAGGACGAUGACGAAGAUGACAGUGGUGGAGAUUGGGCCAUGCCGGAGCGGAGCACCAGCUCCUCGUUGACGUCGAGGUCGUGGAACAGACGGCCCCAGUCCCGUCUGCAAUACUUCGGCCGUAACCUCUGGCAGGUAGUGUGGCCCGUGCUGAUUCUGUAUCUGUGGUUGGUAUGGAGAGGUUGA